UGGAUUUGUGAAACUCUCGCGAACUACUUCAAUAAUUUCUUUUCUCGCUGUUUUAUGAUGUGAAAACGCAAAUGUUGUGGUUUGGUUAGGUCUAGGCACAAAAUCCUCUUGGUUAGGUUUAGGGAAAGCUACUGAUUUGGGUUAAAAUUAUCAGUUGAACGUGGUGUGGGUUAAAGUCACUACUUCCUUACAAAUCUCGCGAGAGUUUUCGCAAAUCUAGGGGUUACCAUCUAGACACGACCCAGAGUUGUUGAAGCACUGAGCAUUACCUUCUUGACAUGUCUGUAAGCAGAGAAGUCUGUAUCUGCGCUGUUUAUUAAUGUGUUAUCACAGUCUUAUAUAUCUAUAACUUUACAGUGACCAGCCGUGAAAAGCUGAAAUGAAGACACUAAUUGUGGGAGUUGGCGGGAUGACCAAUGGAGGAAAAUCCACUCUUUCUAAGAGUCUACAUGAGCAGAUACACAACAGCUGCAUCAUUGCACAGGAUUCAUUUUUUAAGGAUGACUCUGUGGUACCAGUGGACAGCAAUGGUUUUAAGCAAUAUGACAGGCUCGAUGCUCUCCACAUGGACAAGAUGAUGAGCGAGGUUGAAUCAUGGCAGAGAGAUCCUGAAUCGUUCCUGAGGGGACGAAGGCUGACCUCAGCGCACACAGCGCUGUCAGUAAAUGAGGAAGUAUUUGUGCUGAUCGUGGAGGGCUUCCUGAUUUACAACUACAGGCCAUUGAAUGAGCUAUUUGACAAAAGAUACUUCAUGGAAAUACCUUAUGAUGUCUGCAAGAUGAGACGGAGUUCGAGGGUCUACACGCCCCCUGAUCCUCCUGGAUACUUUGAUGGACACGUAUGGCCAAUGUACCUAAAAAACCACCAGGAGAUGGAGAGCAUGGUGUCAGGAAUUGUAUUUCUGGAUGGACUGAAGUCAAAGGAGGAGCUACUGUCUGCUGUGUAUAAAGAUAUUAGUCAGGAAAUAAAAAGGCUCAGGGAGAAAGACUGAAAUUGUUGGAGUUGGAUUUAUUUACCCUCUGAAGGUGACGACAGCUUUGGAAGCAGAUGUCAGGAAAGUUAGUUGUUUGAACUAAUGUGCGACUGAAAGGAUCAAGCCAAAUGCCUCUUUGAUGUUCUGGGAAUACGUUUCAAGUUGAAACAACUGCUGAUGACAAUAAACUGAUGCUGUAGCAUCUGAAAUUGUCCAGCUGGAGAUUGGACAGACACUGCCAGAACCUCAGUGGACUCGAUGUCUUUGCCACUACAGCCAGUAUUUUGAUGUGAGAUUAUACUCUGGGAAACCUAAAUAUAUGAAGAAUCUGAUGUAAUAUCUGUUACUGCAUAGUUUUUUUUAAUGUAUAGGAGGAUUUUGAUCCUAAAGUCUGACUCUUUUCUGACUUUUUUAUCCGUAUACUGUAUAUACACAUACCGUUAACUUGUGAUUUAACUUCAUAUGACCAAAUACCAAGUGUGCAUCAUCA